AUGCCGCAGAACUCGAGAGGCGACACCGAGCAGAGCGGUAAGCGCCAAUCAAUCGGCAAGAGGAAGCUUUCUGAUCAAGGAGAGCCGUCGCAGCCGCGAUCGCAACAAUCCAUAUCCGAGCUCCUCUCCCAGAGGUAUUCACCCGACCGCAGCCUUGAUCUGCAAACCCACAAGCGUUCCCGUCUGUCGUCGUCUCCCUCACGCUCCUCAACCCAAACGAGCCCGCAUAAGAUGCAUCCGAUUUCCGGUUCCCCGCCUAAGAAUGGCGUGCCAGGUCGGGGAGUCUCUGGGUUAAAUGGUCCCAUCAGAUCCCAUGGCUUGAAUACUAAUAUCCGCCAAAACACAUUUUCUCCUCAUAGCGGCGCGAAAAAGCUCGUCGUCAAGAACCUUCGUACCGGACCGCGGCUUAACCAGGAAUCGUAUUUCGAUAAAGUGUGGUCGCAGUUGGAUGCGGCUCUAACGGCUAUUUUUGAUGACAGGAAACCAGAGAGCUCGCUAGAAGAGCUAUACAAGGGCGGGGAGAAUGUCUGCCGCCAGGAGCGGGCAGCUUUGUUGGCUAAGAAGCUUCAGGAUCGGUGCAAAGAGUUCGUCAGCGGGAAAAUGCGCACGAAUCUUGUCGCCAGAGCUGGAGGUAGCACUGAUGUCGGUACAUUGCGGAUAGUGAUUGAGGCGUGGUCGGCCUGGCACUCCAAGCUAGUUACUAUUCGCUGGAUCUUCUAUUAUCUCGACCAGUCGUUCCUCUUGCAUUCUAAAGAACAACCGGUGAUUCGUGAAAUGGGAUUGAUUCAGUUCCGGUCAUACAUCUUCUCUGAUGCGAGUCUGAAGCCAAAGAUUGUGAAAGGAGCAUAUGAUUUGAUCGAGGCCGAUCGAGGUGGAUUUACAAAGGCAUUGACAGAUUCAAGUUUGCUUAGAGAUGCUAUUGAGCUUUUCCACAGCCUCGAUGUGUAUGGGAGUGACUUUGAGCCUUUAUUCAUGGCCAAGUCCGAGGAGUUUGUGAAGCAGUGGUCUCAACAACAAGCAGCAGGGUCCCUGGCUGCAUACGUCGAUAAUUCCCACCAGUUGAUCGAACGUGAGGUAGAACGGUGUGGUCUCUUCUCUUUCAAUCGAAGCACGAAGCUCAAACUGUCCAAUCUCCUGGAUGAGACUCUAGUGACACGGCGAACGGACGUGUUGACCAACGAAAACGAAGUGCUUGGCUUGAUGCGAGCCGGCAAUAAGACUGCCUUGAAGCAACUAUACGGUUUGCUUGACCGGCGAGAUCUUAGUCUCGAAUUGAAGCCUGCAUUUAGGAAGUACAUCAUCGAGGAGGGUGAGGGCAUCGUGUUUAAUCAAGAUCUGGAGGCCGACAUGGUCAUUCACCUGCUCCAAUUUAAGCAAAAGGUUGACGAUAUUUGCACCGAUUCUUUUGAGUCGAAUGAGGAACUGGGCCACACGGUCCGCGACGCCUUUGGUACCUUUAUGAACCACGGGAAGAAGAUGGACUCUACAGGUGGUACCGACAAUCCCAAGUCGGGUGAAAUGAUCGCCAAAUACGUGGAUAGGCUCCUUAAGGGCGGUUACAAGCUGCCACCAGGCCGUAACCCAGAGGAAGUAAGCCUGAUGUCCGAUGAUGCAGAGCUUGACCGACAGCUUGAUCAAGUUCUCGACCUCUUCCGAUUCGUACAUGGAAAGGCUGUCUUUGAAGCCUUUUACAAGAACGAUCUUGCCCGGCGUCUUUUGAUGAAACGAAGCGCGAGCAACGAUGCGGAAAAGAGCAUGUUAACUCGUUUGAAGAACGAAUGCGGGUCAAAUUUCACUCAUAACCUUGAGUCCAUGUUCAACGAUAUGGACACUGCUAACGAUGAAAUGACGGCCUUCAGACGGUCACAGCAGGACGAGCGCAGGAGCCGAUUCGAAUUCGAAGUUAGCGUGCUCUCUGCCGCCUCCUGGCCGACAUAUCCCGAUGUACCCGUACGGAUUCCAUCGACGAUCGCACGCUCCAUUAGCAGAUUCGAGACGUUCUACCACAACAAACAUACAGGACGCAAGCUCACCUGGAAACAUCAACUGGCGCAUUGUCAGCUGACUGCAAACUUCCCGCUCGGAAAGAAGAACCUGGUAGUCAGCUCGUUCCAGGCGAUUGUGUUGCUGCUCUUUAACGAUAUCCCCAAUGGCGAGAGCAUGCAGUACCCCCAGAUCCAAGAAGCGACCGGAUUGUCGGACCCGGAAUUGAAACGAACGCUCCAGUCUCUCGCAUGCGCCAAGUACCGAGUCUUAUCCAAGGACCCUAAGGGCAAAGAGGUGAACUCUAGCGAUAAAUUCUCGUACAACGCGAAUUUCAGCGACAAGCAAAUGCGCAUCAAGAUCAACCAGAUCCAGCUGAAGGAGACCAAAGAGGAAACCAAGACGACGCACGAGCGGGUUGCUGCCGACCGCCAUUUCGAGACGCAAGCUGCCAUCGUGCGCAUUAUGAAGGGCCGCAAGACCCUCAGCCACGCCGAGCUGAUCGCGGAGGUUAUCAGUGCUACUAAGACCCGGGGUGUGCUUCAGCCGGCCGAUAUUAAGGGAGAGAUUGAGAAGUUGAUCGAGAAGGAGUAUCUCGAGCGCAAAGAAGGCACUAAUCAAUACAGCUACGUGUCAUAA